AGAAUUUGAAGUUGGCGGCAAAUAUCAGGCCACCCACGGGCAAGAAUGGGAUUUGAUUGACCGCCAUCUGUCCCUCGGCCAGAUCCCCCCAGCACCUUGUCUCUUUCUCUUUCUUCAUCACCCGAAAACAUCAUCGCUCUUGCGAGCUCACUCCAGCCAAAUUUCUCUCCCAAUCCCCAUUUCCUUCGACGAUGGGAUCACAGAGCCCCCCUUUCCCCCCUCUCGCGGACACAGAACUCUUCACCCCGCUUCCCCUUGGUGCCAUAACCCUCUCUCACCGAAUCGUCCAGUCACCAUGUACUCGAAUGCGAGGCGACCUUGAGUCCCCAGGUGUCUGGAAAUGCGGUGAUGUAGCCGUGGAGUAUUAUUCUCAACGAUCAACCAAAGGUGGAUUGCAAAUCACCGAAGCAACAAACAUCUCUCGCCUCUGCGGCGGCUACCCCGGAAUCCCAGGAGUCUUCACCCCAGGCCAGCUCGAAGGGUGGAAGAAAGUUACUGACGCAGUGCACGCAAAAGGGGGCUACAUCUUCUGUCAGAUCUGGCAUGUUGGAAGGGGCACUGUACCGGCACUCAUCGAAGGACACCAGACGCUAAGUUCGAGUGAUACACCGAUCAAAGGGAAAGCUGUCAAUGGUGAUGAGUAUGCAGACUUCCCACCCCGACUCAUGACUGUGGAGGAGAUUGCAGAUGUAGUGAAGCAAUUCGCAGACGCUGCGAAAGCGUGCAUGGAACAAGCGGGCUUUGAUGGAGUUGAGAUUCAUGGAGCGAAUGGCUACCUCCUCGAACAAUUUCUCCAUGACAAUGUGAAUAAACGCACCGAUGCCUACGGUGGCUCGAUCGAGAAUCGCUGCCGCUUCCCACUUGAAGUCAUCCGCGCAGUCACUUCCGCAAUUGGCCCCGAAAGAGUCGGCAUCCGUCUCUCGCCCUACAACUACUACCAAGACACGCGAGACUCGAACCCAAAUAAACACUGGGCGUACCUGUGCACCCAAAUCGCAGAACUUCCCAAAGAAAAUAGAGUUUCGUAUGUGCAUAUGAUCGAGCCGAGGUUUGACGAGGAGCUCGAUGAGGCCGGUAAGAUGGCUGCUUUGGCAGCGUACUCGAAGACGCCGGUGGAAGGCGUCAAAUUUGAUCCCAAAAGGGUGAAUUCUCUGGUUCCGUUCAGAAAUAUUCUGAAGAAAGGAGGAGUGAGGUUCCUUGCUGCCGGAGGCUUUGGUAGGGAGAAUGCAGAGGAGAAGGUUAGGACUGAGGAUGCGGAUGCUGUUGUGAUGGGGCGGUGGUUCAUUGCUAACCCGGAUUUGGUGAAGAGGUUGAGAGAGGGCUUGCCGUUGAACGCUUAUGAUAGGAGCACGUUUUAUGGGGCAGAUCCUAAGACCAAGGGCUAUACUGAUUAUCCUUUCUUUGGGGAGGGGAAGGGUGCUUAAUUUCUUUGCGAGAGAGAGGAGAUUAGACUCACGAUUGGCACACAUAGGGAAUAGAGAGGAUAUACUGCUGCGUAUUUGAUUUUCAAGAACAGACUUGAUUGACUCGGACCGCUUGUUCUUGUCAUCUCACCUCGCUUAUUUCAACCAAACCGGCUUGGACGACAUUCUUAAAUCCAGACGAUUCCUUG